AUGUUGUCAUCUAACCCAAAUUAUCGUCCAUAUUAUGGAUCAGUGAUGUCAUAUUCAUCUCAAGCACCCCCUUAUUAUUCUUCUACUCGAAUGGGAAAUGAAAAUGUUUUGAUUGUUGGACUUGAUGAAUUUCUUGAAUUUUCUACACAAACGACUCUUGGUGCCAUGAGCGGUGGUCAAGAAGCCACUCCAAAUGCAGAGGAUUUAACUCCUGUUUGUCGGAAAAUCCCCAAAUGGACCACUGAUCAAAAUUUGGUUCUAAUUGGUGGGUGGAUUAAAUAUGGAACAAAUAUAGUUGUUAGGAGAAAACAAAAAAGUGAUUCAUAUUGGGGUAAAAUUGUUGAUUACUGUAAUGAGCAUUGCUCAUUUGAUCCUCCCCGUGAUGGAGAUGUGUGUAUAAAUCAUUACAACUACAUGAACAAAAUACUUAAUAAAUGCACUGGUUGUGAUAUACCAUAUUAUGUAGUCAGGUGUGUUGUGUGA